GUUCACAGCCACUCUAAGCAUGGCGAUUAUUUAUAGGUGGCCGAUGUGCUACGAGAUUUAUUUCGUGUAAAAGAUGUCACGGUGGUUGUGUUGAACGUUGGGACAAACAUCGGGGCCCGUCGGCUGAAGUAGCACAGCGUGGUGCGUGAAAGAUGGCGUGAAAGGAAGUGCAGUACAGUGGGAAAAUGCUCGGACGAUGCACCUUGUCGUUCUACGGGAAAAAUCAUAGCAUUGAUCUAUUUUUCAUGACUUUGUGGACGUAGAAUGGCAGCUCUGUUUAGUCGUAGUGUCCUGAAGGUUUCGGUUGCUCAGAUAUGUCAAAACAUCGGCUGGCACGCCGUGCAUCAGUCGACUUUGGAGUUGCUCGCUGACAUACUUCAUCGCUAUGUACUUGAAAUCGCCCGGACAGCGCAAGCCUAUUCAAACCAAGAUGGGCGAACUGAGCCCAACUUGGAUGAUCUGUCGCUAGCGUUCAGUCACUUGGGUAUCCUGCUGAACGAACUUGAAGAGUACAUCAACAACGUCGAGCCCGUGGCGUUUGCCAAGAGGGUACCUCAGUUUCCGGUCGCUCGGCCCACGAACCUGCUGCACCCCAAACCUGGCAGCCGAGAGCUGCUGCAGAGGCCGGAGUGGGUGCACGAGUUCUUUCCCCCUAUGCACCCUGAGCUCGAAGAGGAGGAAAGCAUGCUCUUGUCUCCUGGGUCGGCCAAUGAUGGCAUGAAAAGAGACAUGGCGUCCAACAGUGCUGGCGAGGAGGCAUCUUCUCCCCAGGGAAGUCCACAGCCUGCCAAACGAAAUUCCGAUGGCUCGGAGACCCCCACACCCAAGCGUUUCAGGCUCUGCACAGAGGAAGAGGGCCAGCCCAUGAGAGAGGUGACGAGUGUGUUCAUGACACCCUCAGGCUUCAUCUCACCAGCUCGAGAGGGCAAGCUACCAGAGCCAAGCGCUCCGUCGUCGUUCAUCAAGACCCUGCCGGCUGGCAUGGCCUUUGACUCUGAUUCUUCAGACAGCAUAGAUUUGCCACACAAGGAAGUGAAGGUGAAGGAGCCUAAGAAAACGAUAAAGGUGAAGAAAGAGGGCAAAGAUGGCAAGAAGGCCAAGGCGAGCAAAAAGGACAACAAGGAGAACACACACCUUAAGAAGGCCCCUACGCUUUUCGUCCCUUUCAUGAGCAAAAAGAGUUCGAGCAGUAACCCCAUGCUCAAGAUUAAAAAGAAGCUUGCCAAGGGCCUGAAGCUGUCCAAGGAGCUGAAGCUGUCCAAGGAGCUGAAGCUGUCGAAGGAGCUGAAGCUGUCCAAAGAGCUGAAGCUGUCCAAAGAGCUGAAGCUCUCCAAGGAUGGUAGCAGCAAAAUAGGUAAGAUCAAGUCCAAGAACAAGGAGGGAAAAGUGAAGGAAGGAAAGAUCAAAGAGGGCAAAAUUAAGGAGGGCAAGAGCAAAGAAGGGAAGAGCAAAGAAGGAAAAAACAAAGAUGGUUCCAAGUCAAAGUCUAAAAGCAAGAACAAGCUGGUGAACCCAGGGGGCACAGGAGGCUUGAUGGCAGUGGCCGGCCUGACGCCAAAGCCGACAAAAAUUAAGUCGCUGAACAAGUCAAAGAAUCCGACUUCAAAAGCAGAAAAGAGAGAGAAGAAAAAGCAGGCAGCCGCAGCCGCAGCCGCCGAAAACCCUAUUUCCUUCUUAUUUGCACCACUGCCUACACCACCUCCCCUUGCACCUGUCUCAGCGCCGCCCCCCGCCCCACCUCCUCCUGCCCCACCACCGCCGGCACCAUCUUCACCACCUGUGUUGUCUCCACCUCACUUGCCUCUGUCAUUGACUUCCAUGAUUCCUCCCUCCAUGCUGUCAACCAUGACACCACUGCAAGUGAUGGCAUGCAAGGCGGAAGAGGAACGGAGCAAGCUGAAUGCAGCCGCUGCCGCCGCAGCUGCGGCCGCACAAGAAACUCCGAUGGUCGUGGACGACCCAUACGAGGACGAGCCACUUUCUCGCGAGGAGUCUCCAGAGCCGAGGCUCGUGAUCGACGACUCGCCUGAGACACUCAGCAAGCAGGAGAAGGAGAACCGGCUGGCUGACAUAGAGCAGUGCAUUGACGCUGUGAUCCAGAAGGCAAGAGAGGAAUCUCGGCUGGAAGAGAAGAGGGAGACUUUGGAGGCAGCUAUGUCAGGCAUGCUGAAUCGCAAGCUGGAGCCACGGGAUGUCUACGACUUCACUGACUCCGACUCGUCGCCGCCGCCGACACCCAAGACACCGGAUUUAGUGGGCUCGCCAGCUCCAAAGAAGGAAGUCAAGGAACCGUCGCCGGAGCAUGUUCCAGGACCACCCGUUGUCACAGAACACAAGAAGUCCAAAGAGAAGACUAAAAGCAAGAAGAAGUCUGGAAAGAAUAAGUCGGCUUCGGGAACGCUGUCCCCGAAAAAGGGGCUUCCUAAGACACCGGAAAUGAAGGCAUCUCCCCUGAUCGCCCUUUCCCAGCGAUCAGAAACAUCUCCAGAGCCGGCACCCAGCUUCUCGGGCGUGUUUCCCUUUUCGCAACAACAGCCACAACUGCAGCAGCCUCAGCAACCAACCGGUCCCCUGUUCUCGCCGAAGUUCCCUGCUUUUGGGUCACCGCCCACUCAGGGUUUCCUGCCGGCGUUUCCAUUUUCCUCGCAGCUUCGAGCAGGCACGUCGUCCCAUUUCCCGACACCCCCACUGUUUGUGCCACCACCUUCCUCUCGUGAAGACAUGUCGCCAGCAUCCUCCCCAACAGCACCCCCCCCUGGAGGAGGCCUUAUGGGUCCUGUAGUACUUGGUGGGAGUCCCUUCGCCGUCAAGACCUUGGCUGAGAAGAAAGCCAUCCCACCCAUUGUGCCGUCCACAACCCGAAUGGAUGAAGACAAGCCAUCCUUUUCCAAAUCCGACAAAGAUGGUGAAAAGAGUAAAGCCAAAGAGAAGAAAGAGAAGAAAGCCGACAAGAAAGAGCAUGCCAAGAAGAAGCCAAAGGAGAAGCUGAAGGAGAAGCCGCCCAAGGAGAAGAAAGAGGCCAAGGCCAAGCUCAAGGCUCCCGAGAAGACCAAGGCGGAGAAGAAGGCUAAAACGAAAGUUGGCAAGGAGAAGGAGAAAAAGAAAGGGAAAGAGGAGAAGAAGAAGGACGACAGCAUUCCUAAGAUCACUGUAAAGCUUGGAAGCACUCCGAAGCCCAGUGCAACGAAAAUCCUCUUCAAAGCGCUGGCCCAAGGCGGCGGUGGCACCUCGCCUCCGGACCCAUUUGCGGGGUCACCGCCGUCCUCUCCCGUGCGAGCCCGCAGCCCGUCGCCGCCAGUGUUGGCUCCCGUGGCUGCGCCUCCGCCACCCCAGCCGCAGACGAGCGGCCGGGGCAGCAAGGCAUCGUCCAAGGCCUCCAAGAGUGCGGCUGCCGCACCCCCUGCCUCCCAGCAACCGCAGCUGGCCGAGGCCGUCUCUCCGCUCCCCACGGCCAGGAUGGUCAUUACUGAGACCGUCGGCACCAUUGUGGACGAACGCGGAAACAAAAUCUGGAUAUGUCCCGCAUGCGCCAAACCAGACGAUGGCAGUCCCAUGAUCGGCUGUGACGAGUGUGACGACUGGUAUCACUGGGUGUGCGUGGGAAUCGUGGUGCCCCCGAAGGAAGAGGAGAGCUGGUAUUGCAACCGCUGCAUUGCCAAGAGGCAGGGGGCCCUGGCCAAGAAGAAGAAAAAGAAGCACCGCAAGGACAAAUGAAGUUGCGGCGCCUCUUUUCCCUGGGCACGGUGGUGCGCACCCAGGUCCUGGAGGAGCACAACCCCCCACUACCCACGCAAUGCUCAUCGUCGUUCCUCCCCGACCAGCAACCCGACCAGUUCACGUCCUCAUUUGUCCAUUGCAUUUGUCGGAACGCGCGCCAAGAUCGCAAGGCGACCCUGUGGGCCGCACGGUGAAAAACGUGUUGACUGCACCGACCGGUCCCACGCGCGAUGUGCUCCCUUUUUGCUCGUGUAUGUUUUUUUUUCUUUAAUUAUAGAAGCCUUUUUUGCUCGUUUUAAGGGACAACCCUGAGUGACUUUAUGCUGUGUUGCGUUCACCUUGUUCGGACGGAAAAAAGACAGUCGUUGCCCCCCCCCCCCCCCCCCUCCCGUCUCGACUUCUGAAAAGAAAGAGAAAAAUGGAGAAGUGGUGUUCUCCGGUGAAUCGUGUUCCCCUCGGAAGUAGUUAUUUAGCGCGUGUGUACCCCGAGGGUAAGUGUAUCGUCAUUUAUGCUGCUCAUCGUCACUCUGUCACCCUUACAGUGUACCUAGAUUUGUGUGGCGCAUUCGCGCUGUUCCUGUUUGUUAUCAGUUGUGUGUGCCGCCGGAGGCACGCUGCUUGGUCGGAGGAGAAAAAAAAAAAUUGCCGUCUCGCCAUUCACUCGCGGCCCCUGGUCUUGUGCGCCGUUCAUCUGUUGUGGUAUCGUUCCACCCGUUUGUUUCGUUACAUAAUCUUGCCAGGUCUGCCGGUAAUAGUGCAACGCUGGGUCAUUCAUUUCGCUGAUCUUGGCAUGGGAACUUGUAAUUAGGUGCUGGGGUUGGCCGUUUUGUCAUCAUUUUUUAGUUUUGGUAGUCUGUCCAUUCAGACAUUGUUGAUUUCAUGCGCGAUGCUCGUGUAGCAGUGGCUUCAUUGUAUUUAGUACCACUGAUGUGGUCAAACAUUUGCUUCAAAGCCCUUGGAUUAGCCUUGCUCUCCCUUCUUAUUUUUAUUUCCUUGUUUACAUAGUUUUACAGCUUUGUUUAUGUGGUUAUACACUUAUUAGAUAAAGGGGGUGUGCGAAUAUUAAAAAUAUUGAACACAAAUUGAAUAGACUGUGCUACUUGGUUUGAGAAUUUCUGAUUCCAUGUACUUAGAUACUCGUUUCUUUAAAUAUGUAUUCCUUACAGUGAACGGUUGGCCCAGUGAAGCUGUUGAGUCUAUGGUAUGCACCUAGGGUUGCCACCUGUCCGUUUUUUUAGACAGCAGGCCAUUUGCCGGUCAACAGCUUCCGUCACUGUUCGUUUCUUUUUUUCAGAGCAGUGAACGAAGCGUCAUAGAGUUUUCUAAAAUUAACUAGAGGGGACCCUGGCACUGCGAUUGUUCAGCGACCAUGGGAAUGAUGGGUAGUACACUGGUUUGCCCAGUCUUCGUACUUGUGAGUGGAAAAUCGCACUUGUGGCUUCGUUUAUUACUGGUUUUGGCUUUCUUUCGAAAGAAAGAACGAACCCUUUUGAACUUUGUGCCCCGAUUUGAAAUGGUAAAACUAAAAUAAUAAGGUGGUGAAGCGUAACUGCUGAACAUUCGCUGAUUUUCGUUUCGUGGGAAAACGGCUUCAUGCCACACAAACACACAUGGAGCCAGAAGUAUGAAGAUUAAACAAAUCCGUGUAGUACCCAUCAUUCCCAUGCUUGCGGCAGCACCAUGCGUUGCAGCUCCCAUAGACACUAGCGCCCGACCGAGUUCCCUCUAGUGUAUACAUAGGAAACACUAUUUCGAAGCGUCAUUCUAAUCACGAGUAUUUUUAUGCCAGCAAUUAGACUACUAGGCUAGUUCAGUGUGCCCUUUUUGUUUGUACAUCAGGGUUCUCUGGCUCAAGCAAAGCAAUGUCAAAAAGACCUGAUGUGGCGUCUAUUGUUCAAUGCUAUUUUAAUCUCGCUGGUAUCUCAUCCCUUCCCCCCACAUCCCCCUUGUUGAAAAGCCGAAUUUGGUUUGAGAAAAGGUGGCAACUCUAUAUCCACCGGAACUAUGGUUCUUCUGGAAAUAAGUCUGUAUUGUAUGGCAUUUAAGAAAUGUGAAUGCUUUCUGAAGACCAGGCUAAAGGAUUACUCUGAAUUCAGAACUAUUUUGAAUGAUUUCCCAUCAGUAUGGCUGCAUAAACUGUACUUUAGCAGAACCGGCUGUUGGGCUAGUUGGCUAUCCAUGAUCACUAAAAGAAUAAGUGCUAAAAAUCAACGAGCACUCACAAAAAGGGAGCAGACAGAGGACUUGCAAUACUAACAGUUGUUUAUUUUGCAAGUUGACAGAGUUCAGCAUAUUUGCAUUACUUAACACCAGGCUUGCUCGAAUAGUGCAUUUUAGGUUCAAAGUAAAUUUAAAGUGAAUAGUGAGUUUUGUCAAAUAAUUUUGAACAAAUUCAAAUAGUAUCUAUCACAUAUACUAAAGAAAAGGCAUAUUUGUCAUGAUUUAACUAACCUGCACAAUAUUUCUCAAGAAUUAAAAUAAGCAUGCGAAAACCCCAUUUUUUUUUCCUUUUCAAAGGAAGUGGAAACGACUUUGAAUAGUAGCAGGAUUUGACUCUUCCGAUAGAAUGCAAGUGAUCACCUGUAAAGUAUGUUACGUUUUAAAAUUUACUUUACUUGGAGCAUAUUAGCUGGUAUGACAAGCUCUUGAACCUAUAAAAUGAUUAAUCGAUGUGAGAGUAAUAUGUUUAACUUUGAAGUGGGGCAUUGUAGCAGUGCGAAAACGCAUCUUUUGAAGAUGUGUUUUCACGGCUUAGCACGCCUUUGUUGCAGUGAAACAACCUUUACGUGGGGUUAUAUGCUAACUAAUAUACAUUUAAGUAAAUGCUUCCAUGGCUUAACAUUAAAUCACUGUAAGGAAACCACCUUUACAUGCUAACUAAUAUACACUUAAAUGGACACUAAAGUCAAAUGACAAUUUACGUCGGAGUGAAAGUUCAAUGUAUGACAACAUCUAAAACGGCAAUAUUAUCAACAGCAGUGCCCUACUUACCGAGAAAUUAAGGUAAAUGCACAAGAAUACAUGUGCCGCAGUAGGACAUUUUCAAAAUGAUACCAAUAACGUCAGACGAACAGCCUACAGUUACUCACUAGUAAUCAAUCUAGCUGCACUAAAUAAAAAACCUUCUGUGCAUCAAGAGACGCAAUAAAAUGCUGCUUGUUCGUUUCUGUUUGAUUCAUGGAAAAAUGAAUUGCCGGAUAUUACUAUAGAGAAUGGCACGAGUGGCUCAAAAAUUCCAUUUUCGCGUAGUUGCACUGGACAGGUGGUGCCAUCUAGCAAAACGCAGUUGAACCAAAACACGUCUGCCAUCUCGGAGCUAAUGGCAGUAAAUUGAUCAGUGGCCGUUGUUGCUGCUGUGACUCCCGCUGCUUUCAUUCUGUGUACUAGUGUAGGCAACCGCACAGUAAAGCCAGGCAGUGUUGUGCAUGCUAACAGUGAGUUGGUCCGCUUCUUGAGGCGGGUAAUUUGAAGUGCGCUCACCCGAUGUGGGCCACUAAAACGUGAUUUUAUUUUAAAAAGAAGCCCUUCCUUGGUACAAAAGUAACACUACGAGGUUUCUGGACCGCUAUUUCAACAAUCAACGUUGACUUAAUAGUUGCCUUUAGUGUCCCUGUAAAUAAAUGCUUUCACGGGUUAGAAACAAUCUACUGCAGGGAAACCAUCUUUACAGGGGGUUACAGUGGACUAAUACACAUUCAGUUGUUCAUUUCGAAUACUACCUUGAAAUUUUUGAUAACUUAAACUAGAGUUUAAAUUUGAAUACUGUAAUAUUCAUUCAAACCAUUUGAAUAUUUGCACAAGCCUACUUAAAAGCAAUGCACAGGGCUUUACUUUCUUGCUUCUCUGCUUUUGCAAACAUGUUAAGUGCUCAUGGAUUGAAACGAGACAACAAAACUUUUAAAGGGAUACUGAACAAAAUUUUUGCCGCCAAUAUUUUUAGUCAAAUCGAUAGAUUGGAUCCUGAAAUCAAUAAAGACAACCUUCAUUCCAAGCAUAAACUGUGGGAAAAUAAUGAAUUUAAUGUGUUUUUCACAAACUGUCGUGUCUAGCGGCAGCACUGUGAAUUAAAGGAUGUGACGUUGUGCGACCUCACAUUCACCGGAAACUGGCAAGCCAACAAUGCCAGCCAUCGCCUGCGUCUCUCGACUCACUCAUCUUCCAUUUCGGUUCCCAGAACCGGCAUGAACAGCAACAACAGCAAAUAAUUCUUCCGGCUGGGGCAAAGCGCCAGCGCUUUUGUGGAAGGGAAAAAGUGGAGUGAAGGGACAGCUGGAGAAAAGGAAGAGGAGGACAAGAACGCAUGCAUCUUGCAUGCGCCUCGGUGAGUUUGACGGAGUGCGAGCAGUCGCAUGUGCUCACAAUCCAUCAAAAAUACAACCAACCGUUCAAAAAUACGGGAAACCAACUCCGUUUAUCGAAACAGUGGCAUCAUCCGUUUGGAAUUUCAAAGUUUCAUCAGUUUUUCUAAUUUUUGUUCAGUAUCCCUUAAAUAUAGUGAUUGGUAUGCAAUGUGCAGUAUCCCUUAAAUAUAGUGAUUGGUAUGCAAUGUGCCAUAUUUGUAUGAUUUUAGUGUGCACAUUUUAGGUGAAUGUAGCCCUCAUAUAUGCGUGCGAAUGAUAAUAUAGCUCAAAAGCCAAGUUGGCAUCAAGUUUUUUUUUAUUUUUGUAACGUAAACUUAUCUGCACUCUACUAUAAGGGGCACGUUAGAAUCUUGCAGAUAUGAUGUCACAUUGCUACGUUCCUGGCUGCUAAAAGUAAUGUUCUGAUGUGAAUGUUCGAGUCGAAGUUAUGCCUACAUGACAUGAGCUGAAGGCAGUAACGAAAGGAUGCACAUUACUUUAACCUAAUUCGUUGCAUUUUACUGUGUGAGCUCUGUACUCGUAACAUAGUAAAGCAAUUGCUAUGUUGUCGAUGACAUCUCGAAGUAGUUGUUAAAAUAUUUACAAGAUCCUUCUGGGCUGUCUGAUUGUGAAAGUAGCUUACAAGUACAUGUGUUAAAUGUAUAUCAACCCAGUUUAUCCUUGUGUUAAACAGACCGUGAAUGCUAUAUAUUCGAUGUCACCUCAAAGAUGUGAAGUGUGAGCGUAAUGAAUAAUCGAAAUGGGUUUCUUUUAAUAUUUGUACCCGAUUAGAUCGCAUUAUAAAUUUUACUAUUUGCACACCCCCACUAACAAGUAGUUGUUGCUUUGUAUACACACAUUAACGCUGGUUUGUAGCCCAUGUCAGAGAAUCGUAAUGUCCUAAACCUUAUCGUCGGACAAAACUCAUGUUAGUUUCGGAGUACAGAAGCUGUAAAUAAAGCAUGUCCAUCUAUUUAUUUUGAACUGCACAUCUUUAUUUUUGCUGAAGAAUCUAUGCUUGGAGUGACUCCCCGAACGGCAUUGUUAUCGUGUUCGCGAUAACAGCUCUGCCGCUUUAGCAGUGUAACGAAAUUUCAAGAAGUUGAUAUUUCGUCACCGAUUGCCUGGCUCGUGUGAAAUGUCCAGUGUCCAAAGAUUCGCAGAACGUGGUUCGUGUCAUCAAUUAUGUCAUGUAAUUGUGGCUAACGUAUCCUUGCUUUUGCGCUUCAAUGGUGCAUACGCUCUGCACCCAAACGCCUUUAAGGUUCAGUUUUUGGGAGGUCUCUUCUAUGGUUGUCAGUUCUUUCUGUUUAUCGUUGUUUUGUCGUGUGCAUAUCGCUUUCUUACUUACGAUUACAGUUAGCCUUGCAAGUUUUAGGUGCAUCUUGGAGGCUUGAUUCGUGCGGCUUGAAUAGAGGAUUUUCGUUGCGUAAUUUGUCUCGGCCUCGUCAUUUAGAUGAGUUCGUCCAGAGACAGUCAGCGUGAGACAUUCGGUAGGUUUGGACGGUUUGACAUUGAGGCUACUGUUGUGCUAGAAUGAAGUUGUGGUAGCCAACAUGGCCCCUCUGGAUUUGACCUGCCAGUUCACAUGCGGUUUGAUAUUCAUUAGGAGUUUUCAUUCAAGUGCAACUGGUUGUAUUUAUCUACCGGCGUCGGAAAAUCAUGUCACUCAUGUCUUAUCAUUGUUAGAUAAUGCAAAGAAUUUCCGUAGUACCAAUAAAUUCGAAUAGACUUGCGUUUACUCUUUUGCCAUGGCAACUGUGCUGAAUAAUUUCUCCCGUAGUCAGGCGAUUACCAUUUGUAAAUGGCUAGUGGUGUCUAACAUAAAUGAUUAUAACAAAACACUACAGUGCCCUGCUUUAAUAGAAUUUUUGUUGUGGUUCUUGCAAUUAUUGUGUGACUAGUAGGACGUAUUGUGUGUUAUAAAAAUACUGCGUAGAAUUAUUUUGGAAAAUGUUCUUUUAAACAUAUAUUGCACCGUAAUCGUGCCCUGUUAACGUGAUGCAUACAGAGAGCAGAAAAUGAUUCAUGGCUUCAUUAUACUUUUGUGUACACAAUUGCCUGUUUAUGAAAUUGAAAUGCAAUGUGGCAAUUAAUCAGUUGUAAUGAAUCAAAUCUCAAACAUGUCUCGUGAAUAUGAAAAUUUGAAAAAUGCAAGCUUAUGGAUAAUAAAUACAAUGAAGGCUUUUAUGCCGCAUGCGACUUCAUUACAUGUAAAUGAGGUCGGACUGGGUGGGCUACUUGCGAGGUUUGAUCUGUUUCAGGCACCCUAAUGUUCUGGAUUGCAUUGCCUUCAGUGUGGAACUUUUGUGGAUUUUUGUUGCAACUUGCAUUUGGCAUAAUUCAGGGCUCUUUCGAUCAGAGCUGUGUAUUGUGGUGCAGAGCAAACGCCAUUACCGUUAGACUAUCAAAGGUGCAUAAGAGAACGGCAGAGUUCAAAGGAUUCACAAUCAUGGAACCUCUGGAAACGCUAAAAGCAAAGGUCCACGUUUUGGGGCAGUCUGUCUAGAAAGAGUGGCCUGUUAAACAGUGGUUGAAAUUCAAAGUUUUGAACUCCUCUGGCAUUGUGGUUCUUUUUUUAUUUUCAAAACCUUAAGUGUAGUACAAAAGGGAAAGUUUGCGAAACAUGACAGAUGUUGGCAAAUGCAUAGGAAUAUUUUGACUAUUGUUCUUAUAGUACUGUAUUUCGAGAUAAUGGAACAAGACCAUGUGAAAAAAAAAGCACUUUUUUUUUUAUACUCAGAUUUAUUUCAGUCUGUGUAGCCUAGUAUAAAGUAAACAUUUCAGUACUGCUGAUGUGUUGUGGCUUGAGAGCACAUUUUUUAAGUUGUUGAAGCUGUUGGAACACUGUUCUGAUUCCGCAUUCAGACCAGUAAUGCUAAGACAGUCCUUAAUUUUGGUGUCUUUUAAUGUUGCAUGGAUAGCAGCUCUUUUUUUUUUGCUGCUUUUUUUUGUUGUCUCAUGUGAUUCCUCUUAAUUACUUGAGAACUGAUGCACCUGGCAUGAAAUACCUUGAAAGUAUUGGUGACUUGCUUACUAUGGUUGUCAACUUAACUUUGUUGUAACAUUGCUAUUUUUGUGCAGUUCAUGUUAAAUACCUUUACAUGUGGUGUAGCACUUCAGCGUACAGGCUCUGAUUCUGUAAUGUGGCUGUAAUUAGCGCUGUAAGCAGUUUACAUAGUGUAAGUGAACAUGUGCAAUUUUAUUAAUUUUUUUUAAAUGUUGCAUAUAUUGGUUUUACUACUUUGAAACUUCUUUCUCUUGUCCAUGAGUGCUUGUGUUAACCACUGUUAUCUGAGCAUCAAUUAAAAAAAGCUGUCUCAUCAAAACAUGAAUCGAGAUGUUUGUCACAUUUGUAACAGUUCAAAACGAACACUCCUGCACACUGAUGUGCAAACGAUAAGCCAUUCUGUACAAAAGUUGGCGUCAUAAGCGCCUGCAUCUUCUAAAUCCAUCGCAGCACACAUUUUGGUCUCAUGGCACCUGACGCAUAGUUGGCUCGUAUUUCAAACAUACCUUCCUGUACAGUAAAAUUGCUGGUUGUGCCGACUUGGCUGUGCUGCCUUGAUGUGUUUGCAUUUUUGUUCAUUUCUCUCAUGGGAGUUUUAUGUUGCUGGGAACAGGCACAUUUCCCUAUGCCCCACAUUGGGAGUUGCUAUACUCCUUAGAAGCAAGGGAUACGUUUUCGUUAUAAGCUGCUUUUUCAGUGACACGAAAUGCUUCUCGCUGUGGAUGCAGUGGUGAAAAACGCAUAAUGAUUGUAAGAGUGCCCUUUCUCUUUAGCAGACAAAAAGGCUCUACAACUGUUUUUUUUUGUGUGUGUGUGGCACUGAGAAAAUUAUGUUGGGAAGCUGUUCAGAUGUUAUACAAUCAUGACAAGAUAUAUAUCACAAAGCAGUGAAGUUAGAAACCCUUCAUGGUAAUCAACAACUGUAGUUGUGUAACUUCAUUUUGUAGGUACGUGAAAUAACCGUAGCAGUUUCGGACUGCUGAGCUAUAGCAUCUGUAAAUGAUGCAGCCCGAAGAAGAAUAGAAAAACAGAAGGAAGUGGGGAGAGAGAGCGACGGUAAAUAGGUUCUCUCUCUAUUGUUUUUCUUCUUACCAGUUAAUAAUUCAUUGUCUUCUCAUCAAAGCCUUGAUAAAACUGAAGUCUGUGUAGAGAUCCUGUUGAUGUGCACAUGUUAUAAUUUUGUGGUCCGUGGCUUUACGUCUGAAUAUGAUUCCUAACUCGCUUGUGUUGCCUCUACCACAUGCAAUUUAUGAAGAAUUGUUUUUUCAAAGUUGACACCGAAGGCGUUUGUUUGCCUAAAGGCUCGGGCUUUGACACCAUACAUAAUGUACUCUCGCGUGUCAUCGUCCUUGCAGAUUUCUCCUCAGACAGUGCUAAAACUUAUACCCAGUUUAUCAUUCUGACUGCUGCUACGAUGUUUGUACUUUCCUAGCAACAAGUGUGCAUGGAAUUGUCUCAGAACUUUUGUCCUAUGAUGUCGCUUUUGCAAUACGCCCACAUGUCUGUAAAGCCAUACUGUAGUUUAUAUAUUUUGUCCGUGUUGUAGUGCCUAGUUUACAGGGGGGCUGUCUUAUAUGCGUUAUCCCAUGGUGUGUGUCUUCGAGACUUGAAUACUUGAUUUCUUUUGUGUAUGACCUUACGCACUCAUUAUGUCUGCUCCAGGCUCUCAAAAAAGGAUUGUAUCAUUCAUGUAACAGGGAAGAAAAUCAUCAUUACUCCGAAACACAGCAGCCAUUUGUUCACACUCUGCUGUACAAAAGACAUUAAAGAUACUUUAUUCAUUCUGUAA